AUCGAACAACGUUAAAUAGCACUACUUAAAAGAUUCUAAAGAAAUGAAUGUAUAAUUAUUUCAGAAUUGGAGAGGGGACAAAAAAAGAUACAUAAUAAAUAUAUAAUUUUGAUGACGGAGCGAGAAUUGGAUACAUUGGACUAUAAACUCAUCGAGGACAGACGAUAAAUAUACUAAAAAAAAGUUACUCGUGCUUCUGUAGAUCUUCGUAACACGUUUUAGCCUAAUUAUUAGGCUAACUAAUAAAUCGUUCGAAAUAAAAGGAAUAAUAAGUGUUCGACUAUUUUGUUGAAAUAAUAAAAAAAAGUAAAAAAGGGGACAAGUGAACAAUUGUCAUAACCUCUGAUUUCGAAUCAGCUGUUUAAACGUUUCUAACCUCGAAUUAGUUAGAUAAUGAGUUGAAAUAAAUAAAUGAGAUCGUAUUGAUUGAAGAUAAAUAAUAAAAAAAAAAAGAAAAAAAACCAGAAAAAUAUAAGAGAAGAGAAAAGAAAAAAUUCAAUUACGGAAGUACGAGAUUAAAAAAAAAAAAGCACGAAGAACAGGAAGGAUGGCUGCUGGAAAACGAAGAGUCCACCCUAAUCUCGGAAAUGGUGGUAACAAUUUCGCGGGAAACAACAAUACAUUUUCUGGUGGUAACGCGAGAUCAUCGAGUCGUUUAAAUUUUCGACCAAAUUUAAGUCAAGAGGAUCGAGGUGGUACGAGACCAACAACUGCACCAAGUUCUAUAGGUCUUAUACUCGUAACUAUGUUUUUACACGUUUGCAAGAAAUCAUUGCUAUUUGAUACCAGAUUGAAGGUAGCCAUAUAUUGUGGGACGAUAUUUACGAUAUCACUCGUGGCUGAUUUCGUGAUAAUGCCUAGAUCGUAUUUUUCCCGAUCGGAUAAUGCACUUAAUCGAUAUUUCGUUAAAUGGGGAUGGGGAUGGUUGUUGAUGGUAACUAUACCAUGGAUAGUUCUUACUUCGCACACCCUUGGUUGCGGUAGGAGGUCUAUCUUGUUGAAACAUUUGGCACGUUUGGUACUUGCCACGUUGGCCUGGUUAAUGUGGACCAGAUUAUUUAAUUACAUUGAAACAAAUUUUGGCCGUUGCGUCAACACCAAGGAAGCCCAAUUGCAAUUCAAAGUUAAAUGUCUCCAAGCUGGAAAAUUUUGGAAUGGGUUUGAUAUAUCAGGUCAUACAUUCAUCCUCAUAUACUCCAGUCUCAUCUUAGCCGAAGAAGGUUCUUCUAUGAUAGGCUGGGAAGGUAUUAAAGAUCUGAUCAUGCGAGAGGAACACACCAGAAUCACUCCCAAUGAGACUAGCUUUGGACCACUUCGGAAUCUCUCAGAUCGAGAUUUGGAAUUCCUUAAAAAGGCUCACAAAGUUUUUACCCCUUAUUUAAGAGCUCUAUUUGUUUUUAUGACCGUACAACAAUUAUUAUGGGACGUUAUGUUGGUUUCUACGGUACUCUAUUAUCACAUUAUGAUAGAGAAAUUUCUCGGAGGUAUUGCUGCAGUUUUAACUUGGUACGUUACGUAUCAAUGGUGGUACAAAUUACCUAAAAUUGGUUUACCACCGCCCGGUGAUGGUUUGUUUAAAUAUAACGAAGUCAAACCUCAACAUGAUUUAAAUGCAGCACGUGCAAGACGUACCACGUUGAAUGGAAGUACAAACAGGUUCAUGGGUCUUCCCAUACGAACCUGUCAAGAUAAUCUUGAAAGAAAUAGCUCGACGAGUAGAUUAUCCGAACCUGAAACUCCUCCUCCAUCUUAUCGUGCAAUUUAAAUUGGGGGUUGUUGUUUUAAUUUUCUUUUUUUUUUUUUUUUCCGUAUUUUUUUCUUUCUUUCAUUCCUCUUCGUCAUUUCCAAAAUCAUCUAUCAAAUUUGUUUCAAUUAAUGUCUGCGAAUAUUUAAAAGGAAAGAAGAAAAAAGAAAAAAAGAAAAAAAAAGAAACU